AUGGUAUGGUCAAUACCUACACCAGAACAUAAAACUUAUGCACCAUUUGAUUCAAGAUCAUGGCUUUAUACAUUUGUUGGACAUACAGAUGAGAUUUGGGAUAUGAUACUCCUACCCUUAAAAUUAAGAGAUGAGGCUUUAUUAGCUACUAUCAGUGAAGAUGGAACAAUCAAGGUUUGGAGUGCUGAUGAAUUAAAUUCACCAUUGAAAUUAAUUUGA